UGAGUGAGUGAGUAAGUGCGUGUUUUCCGGGUCAGAAAGUGGAGCUAGAGGGAAAACUACAGGACGCAGAAAAGAAAAGUCACGACGUGAGACCAACGCGGUGGACAUGUAAACGUUUUGGGGGGGAAAUAAAACAUGGGAAGUUUGUCAACAUUCCAGAUAAUAAGACGGUUUGACAGCGAUGGAAGGGGCGACGUUUGAGACGUGGAGUGAAGUGAAGUGGAGCGUGUGCGUGCGCGCGCGUGUUUUUUUAGCCCGAGCGCACUGGUGAAAAUCCCAUCGCCUGCAUUAGAUACAAAUCUAAAUAAAAACAACACCGAGAGAGAGAGAGAGUUUAAAUUAAGGAGAUUUGACUUGUCGUGUUGUUUGUGUACGAUUCGGGAUGUUUAACUGUAUCCCUCUGUGGCGGUGUAACCGUCACGUCGAGACCGUGGACCGGCGUCACUGCUCCCUGCUUUACGUCCCGGACGAGAUUUAUCGCUACAGCCGCAGUCUGGAGGAACUUUUACUGGACGCGAACCAGCUCCGAGACUUACCCAAGCAAUUCUUCCAGCUGGUAAAGUUAAGAAAGCUGGGACUGAGCGACAACGAGAUCCAGAGACUUCCUCCUGAGAUAGCCAACUUCAUGCAACUUGUAGAGCUCGAUGUCUCGCGCAACGACAUUAUCGAGAUCCCAGAAAACAUCUCCUUUUGCAAAGCCCUUCAAGUGGCAGACUUCAGCGGCAACCCUUUGACACGAUUGCCGGAGAGCUUUGCCGAAUUGCGGAACCUAACAUGCCUUUCCAUCAAUGACAUUUCUUUACAAGCGCUUCCUGAUAACAUUGGAAACCUUAUUAACUUAGUUUCACUGGAACUCCGAGAUAACAUGCUCACAUAUUUACCUGAAUCCCUUUCCCAGCUCCACAGACUGGAAGAACUCGAUGUAGGGAACAAUGAUCUGUAUAAUCUGCCUGAGACAAUAGGAUGCCUUGUGAGCUUGAAGGACCUGUGGCUGGAUGGAAACCAGCUGAAUGAACUACCAAAGGACCUAGGCAGCAUGAAGAACCUGCUCUGCCUGGAUGUGUCGGAGAACAAAUUGGAGCACCUUCCAGAGGAAAUGGCUUGCCUGCUCUUGCUCACCGACCUGCUGGUGUCUCAGAACCUUAUCGAUGCUCUGCCAGAGGGGAUUGGAAAAUUAAAACGCCUUUCCAUUCUGAAAGCGGAUCAGAACCGACUGAUGCAGCUACCCGAGAGCAUUGGUGACUGCGAAAGUCUGACAGAACUGGUGCUGACUGAGAACCAGCUGCUGAGUUUGCCAAGAAGCAUUGGAAAGCUUAAGAAACUCUCAAACUUCAACUGUGACAGGAAUCGCCUGGUGUCUUUACCCAAAGAGAUAGGAGGCUGCAGCAAUCUGAACGUGUUGUGUGUGAGAGACAACCGUCUGACGCACAUCCCCGCUGAACUUUCACAAGCUACAGAACUGCAUGUUUUUGAUGUGUCUGGAAACAGGCUGACUUAUCUGCCCAUGUCUCUCACCACGCUGAGGCUCAAGGCUCUAUGGUUGUCGGAGAACCAGUCCCAGCCGUUGCUCACGUUCCAGACAGACGUGCAUCCAGACACGGGCGAGAAAGUGCUCAUCUGCGUGCUCCUGCCUCAGCAGCCUUGCGAGAGUGAAAAAGGCUCUGAUAACUUGGCACGCUGCGGCGCUCUGGAGAGUCUCGUGAAUGACGUGGCUGACGACACGUGGGACAACAGGGCCAUGAACAGAAUGAGCACCAUCCGAUUCCUUGACGACGACGAUGACGACGACGACGAAAAGGGAACACUACUGCGACGGGCCACGCCGCACCCCGGAGAGCUGAGGACCAUGAAGAAGGUGGUGGAGAAUCUCCGUAACGACCUGAACGCCGCCAAAGGCCUGGACUCCAACAAAAACGAGGUCAAUAACACUGUGGACCGACUGACUACAUCCGUCUGACCACUUUUUUACCUCUGAGAUGGCCCAGUUCCCCCGUCGUGCCCUGUCUUCCCACAGUGCUACACCUCACCCUGUGCCUUCUUUAUUAUUUUUUUAUUUUAAAAAGGUUUUUCCUCCCUUGAAUGUGACUCUCCUUUUUUCUGUGCUGGGUUUGUCCUCUUCUCUCCUUCAUCUCCUCAGAUCCUCAAUCAGGGAAAGACCACCACGAUAGGUGCCUUUUUUUUUUAAUUUUAUUUUUUUUUUUUUAUAAUGUUCAGAGCAAUAAUCCAUGCAAGAAUGCACAAUUAUUAUUGGUUUUAAAUCUUUGUUUCCUCAAACACUCAACUAAGUAGAUGCACUACGUUAAGUCUUGUACUACGUUAAAUGCUGACAGACGCUCCAACUAUAUUGAUUAUAUAUGACACUAUAGAUAUUUACAUUUUAUUUUUUUAUUUAGAUUUUUUUUUUUUUAAACACUGGGUGGAUGUUUAUUUUGAUGUCUUUUUCUCCUUCUUUCUCCAAGUUAUUCGGGACAUGUUGAACCCAGGCUUUUAUUUUUUUGUUUUGGGGACCUACUGGUUUUGAAAUUGUUGUAUAAAUCUUUGUGAAUAUCGAAUUUUUUAAUUUUUUUAUUUGUACUCGUGGCAGCUCAGCUGGUGUUUAAGCCUGGAGGGGACAAAAGAAAAAAAAAAAACGGAUGUAUAGCAUAUUUCUUAAUCAUUUUUUUUAUUCCUGCAAAUUUUGCAUAUAUGUGGUUUUACAAAGCAAUUGAACAAAAUGUUUUAACGUCUUAUGCAUACAGCAGAUUAGUGUAUCGGAGGUGCGUGGCCUGCUUCGUAUUAAUUUUUUUAGAUGUGUGUGUUCAAUAAUCAGCAGUGACAUUUAAAUAUGAAUAAGGGCUACACACAACAUUACCAACCUUUUCUUUUUAAACUGGAACCUGAUCAUUGUGUCAGCAUCAGUGCCAAUUUUAUUUUUGGAUGUUACUCUGUGUGGAAAUUUGGUACAAUGAUCCCUUUCGCUUAUCUUUGUUUUAAGAAUUGGGUUUGGUUUCCUUUUAAAACGCACACACACACACACACACACACACACACACACACACACACACACACAAAAUGCACUUUUGCAAGACUCUUAAAUUAUAAUUGUAUUGAUUUUAUCAAUUCUAUGGUACACUACAAACUUUUUUUUUUUUUUCUUUUUUUUUUUUUUCCCCUUCAUUAUAUUUUCUACACCUACAGACCAAGGUGUUGAAAUGCUGAUUUUAUUUAGCAUUUCUUUUUUUUAUUCUUUAUUAUAUUUUUAUGUCCGUGAUAAAGCUGCACAAAAAAUUGAUCUGAAAUAGAUUUCUAGGUCUUUUAUUACUAUGACUUCUAACCACUGAUACAAUAAAGUGAUUUGAGCAAAUCGA